AUGGACUCCAACAGCCGCCUGGAGUUCCCAACGCUGGUGGAGGGCGUAAACCCUCUCACCAGCCGACUGCACCAGGAGGAGGAGCAGCAACAACAACAAAAAACAUCUUCGCCCUCGCCCUCAUCCUCGUCCUCAUCCUCGACCCUUGCGCCCUCCGUCGCCUCCUCGGAGGCAAUCUUCCCUUUCGAAAUGGACGCGCCCGCCCCCGCCGAGAUGGGCUCGGCCGUUGCUCCCGCUGUCGCCGCGGGCUCCUCGCUCUCUGCUCCCUCGGAGCAGCUUAAGAAGGCGAAGAAGAGGAAGGUCUUGCUGAUGGGCAAGAGCGGCUCUGGCAAGAGCAGUAUGAGAAGUAUAAUCUUCUCAAACUACCUUGCCGUCGACACCAGGCGCCUCGGCGCGACGAUCGACGUCGAUCUGUCGCACGUCAAGUUCCUCGGAAACCUGACGCUGAACCUGUGGGACUGCGGAGGCCAGGAGGCCUUCAUGGAGAACUACAUCAACCAGCAGCGCGCACACGUCUUCAGCCAUGUCGGCGUGCUCAUCUACGUCUUCGACAUCGAGAGUCGCGACGUCGAUCGGGAUCUCGCUACUUACGUGUCCAUCGUCUCCGCCCUCGCCCAGUACUCUCCCGCCGCAAAGGUCUUCGUCCUGGUCCACAAGAUGGACCUCAUCAUGCCGAACAUGAAGGAGUCGGUCUUCAACGAGCGCGUUCGGCUCGUCCGCAACAAGACCACUGAGGCCCUGCAGAACAUCGCCGGUCUGGUUGGUCCCGCUAGAGUCGACAUUCAGCCAUUUGCGACGUCCAUCUGGGACCAGUCUCUCUACAAGGCCUGGUCCUCCAUCAUCCACGACCUCAUCCCCAACCUCGCUGUCAUCGAGAAGGAGCUAGGCGCCCUUGGCCAGGCCAUCGAGGCCGAGGAGAUCUUCCUGUACGAGCGUACUUCCUUCCUUGUCGUCUCAACCUGGAAAUCAGAGGAGGCGCAGCGCAACCCGCACAAGGACCGUGAGGAGCGCCUGUCCAAUGUCAUGAAGACCUUCAAGAACAGACUCGCUGGCUGGAGCGGCACCUCGCGCAACUCGGACCAGUUCAAGGAGUUCCAGCUUAACCUUGGCACGCUCUUCAGCUUCGUCAUCAUGACCUUCACAACCAACACCUACAUCCAGCUGGUCCUGCCGCCGGGCGAGGCACGCCUCAACGCCGCGAAGCUAAACACACGCAUUGCAGCGUCGCAUUUCGAGCGGCUCGACGCGCCUCCCGCAAAGGAUGCUAAGGGCUCCGGCGCCGGUUCUGCUAAGGGCAGCGACUCUAAGGGACUCUCUGCGACCAUGAGCGGGCUGGACAUCAGCGGCGACGAGCAGGGACACGCUCAAGGUGACGGCGACUUUCAUGCGCAGCCUGGCGGCCCAUCUACUGCCCCUGCUGCCUGA